GAAGAAGCUGCUGAGGAAGCUGAAGAAUUAUUAGAAGUAGUUCAAGAUAUAGAUAUUUCAGAGAAUGUUUUCUCAUUUGGGAAAUAUAAGAAUAAAGCUGCCGAAGAAGCUAUUGAAACUAACAAUAAUAUUUAUGAAAUCAGCGAUAUUAAUAAAGCAAUUGAGACUGAUAAAACUGGCAAAAUUGAUGAAAGUAAUAAUAUGGAUGAAAAUGAUGAAUGA